CGGGGCUGUCCUUUUGUUCCGACCACGGACAGACAAAGAUCUGCCCGGGGCUCUCUUCUACACCAUCAGGUCCUCGCACGGCCAUGUCUUGCUCUGUUACCACCACCACCGUCGCCGCCCCCUCCUCGUCGCUUCCAGUCCCCGGUGGUGUGCGCAAGCGGACGUCGUCGUUCUCCACGCCCAAGCCUGGGCCACAUAAGGUGCCUCGCACGACGAGCAGCGGUACUCGGCCCCUGCGCCGCACGAUUUCGUUCGCGGUCCUCCCGAAUACUCCUGUGGACGACACCCUCUACACCGGCGACGGCUUCGAGCCGCCACCUUUCGCCCCCACCGGCGCACCCGCACCACAGCGCACGCAUAAACCAGACUGCUCGUCGCUCGUGCCGUACAACCGCACCCUCCGCUUCUACAAAGAACAGCGCGAGCGCCGCAAAGGCCUGAGCCGCACCUACUCGGAGCACAAUCUCGCUUUCGGCUCUGCCCCUAUCCCUACCACGCCCGACACAUCCUCCAUGCCUACCUCGCGACUCCCUGUCCCGAAGCCUGCUCAGACUGUUAAGAUCGAGAGCCGAACGACCUCGCCACUUUCGCCUCACCCAUCGAAUAACCUCGCGCGGCGACGCUUGCCUCGUGGCAAGCGCGAGCCGGACCUGUACCGCGUGGCGAUCAUGACGCGUAUGCGUUGCUCGCCCGAGGGGCAGAAGAUCCUGCUGAUGGGCCCGCGCCUGGCAGUGUCGAUAUUGUCGGCGACGCGGGAGCUAGAGCGGAUGGUCGGCGAGAGGGACGGCGAUGGGGAUGUGGUGAUGAAGACGGAGCCGCCGGGCGAGGAUUGGGAGAUGGUGGACUGUGGAUUGUAGGCGCUGGGGCGAUGAAUCAAUGAUGAACGAAAGAUGAAGAAGAAAUCGAAGACAUUGAAGAAGUAAGUUAUUGGACGAUGAGGGCGCAUCCAUCUACAUCAAUCAAGUGCGAUCCAUACAAACAUCAUGGAUCGCUCGCCACCUUCCGACAUCGACAUCAUAUGGAAACCUUUAUCUCGUUCGCCUUCGUUCGCGAAACCCUUCACCUCGCCCUGCCUCAGGGUGUACAAUUGCGUAUUUGUUGCAGGGCCAUGGACCUUACCGGAAUAUUCUUGUUGUUGUCAUCGCUAUGCUCGCUCUGUCUAUCGUGUGUACUCAUCGUUGUAUCGAUUGUGGAGGAAGGAAAAUGUAGUAUCAGAUGUGGUUGUUUUUUGUACUCGGUCGUAGUACGUAGGUAUUCUCUCUACCCCGCUUUCCUCGUCCGAUCUUUUGGAUCUAGUGCGCCUUGUGGUUGUUACUAUACUAUCCAAAUUAAUUGCUUUGAUAAAG